CUUGUAUCCUUGUGCUAGCCAUAGUCCCACCGGUGCAUGCGCACAAUAGAAAACAUGCCCUGCUGUGGCGCCGCGCCUGGAGAUGCUGCGACCGGAGAUGCUGCGACCGGUCGUGCUUUGGCGCCUAAGCCCGAGGCUUGGGGGGCCUGGCGGUCUCUGCCGGGAGCUCCGGUCACAGGGAGGUAGCGUCCAGUGUCCCUCCAUCGGGCAGCACUUCGACAGGGAAUUGAAGAGGAAGCAGAAAAAUUGGGCAGCCCGGCAGCCUGAGCCUAGGAAAUUUGACUACUUGAAGGAGGAGGUUGGAAGUCGGAUUGCAGACCGUGUGUACGACAUAGCCAGUGGCGUCAUCUGAGAACCAGUUCUGCACCUCCCUUACCAAGCCUGCGUCAAGUCGCACGUAACGCACCUCGGCAGAGUAGCUGUGCCAUGGAAAUCGGCAAACAGUUCAACUCACGGUGCUCUCUUUUUUCUCCUAACCAAUAUUGGUAAGCUGUGAACAGAAAAAAGUGAAUGUGGUAUGAACUGAAAUUCAGGUAGCAGUUUCUCUAACAGAAGAGGGAUGCCACAUGGAAAUCACUGAAGAUGUUUCCUGGAGAUCUCAUUGGUGCUGCGGAUAAAGAGAUAGACUGACCAGGAAUGACCCAGUGAGAAACUGUGCUUAUGCUUAGACCAUGAGGCACCCCUAGAGGGAGGUUUAGUGAGCAGUGACUUAUAGACACCAAGAAUUGUAAACCUCAUGAGCAGGGUCCUCAAUUAUAAGCAAAAAUUAUCAAAGUAUAUGUUUAUAAUACACAAGUAAAACGAGAUAAAAUCAGAGAGGUGCUGAGAGAUGAGUAUUUUUUCAAGAUUGGAAAGUGAUGCCUAUUGUUGGUGAGAAAAAGACACCAGAAGAUACAGAUUAAAGAUUGGAGGAGGUGAAAAUUGUAAUUUCCUCCUUUGGUGUUAGCUGUAUGCCACCACCUAGGAAGUACAAGCCUGAUACUUUAAGAGCAGCAAUAAAGAUCUUUUAAGGAAAUUCCUUUUCUGAUUAAGUGGUUAGAGUCUGUGCCCUGGGGAGACCUAGCAUCGCUGUUGGUUCCUGUCACUCACCUGGCCAAAGGACUGCCCUAGAAUAGAAGCUAGGCUUACCUUAAGCAACACCACUAAAGAGAUAAGCAGACUAAUUAGUCCUUUAGUGAGAUACUACUUUCCUUCUCUGAAUUCCUGCCCUGUACCACAGUCUCUUACUGAACAAGGCCAUACUGGUUCCUAAGUUUUCCUGCUUUUCUGAAGGAUCCAGAAAAAACAGACAUAGCUUUUCUUUUCUUUCCAUCUCUGCUCUAAGCAUGCUUCCCCUAACACACCAGGCUUCCCCCAGCAAUCUGUGCUUCUUUACUCUUUCUCUAAUACUUCCCUGCCUGCCAUGUGGCUGCUUGUCCACCCUGUGUCUGACCUCCAUGCCCACUUAAACAGCAUAGCUUUCCCUACUUCUCCAUUCUCUUCCUCUGAGCAGCUGCUGAGAUUUACAGCU